GGGACCCGACAUGGCGGCGCCCAGCGCGGCGCUGAGGCAGAGGCGGGCGGCGGCGGGCGGCGGCGCCCCCGAGACCCCGGAGCGGGCUGUGGCGAGGCCGGCGGGCAGCGGGGCCGGGCUGCCGCCGCCGCCGGGUACCUUCUGGCUGACCCGCAUCGUGCUGCUGCGAUCCAUAGCCCUGCUUUACUUUGUGGCAUUCCUGGUGGCGUAUCAUCAAAACAAGCAGCUAAUAGGGGAGAAGGGGCUGCUCCCUUCUAAACUGUACCUGCAGAAUGUCAAAAAGUAUUUCAAAGGGAAGAUAAACCUGGAUGCUCUGAGCUAUGCGCCAACAAUCAUCUGGUUUCUGGAUUGGUCAGACAUGGACAGCACCUUGGACUACCUCUCCCUCUUUGGCCUGGCAACUUCAGCCUUUGUAUUGAUAACUGGAUGUGCAAACAUGGUCCUCAUGUCUGCCCUGUGGGUUCUCUACCUCUCGUUGGUCAAUGUUGGACAGAUCUGGUAUUCCUUUGGAUGGGAAUCGCAGCUCCUGGAAACAGGGUUCCUGGGGAUAUUCCUCUGCCCACUGUGGACCCUCUCCCGCCUGCCCCAGCACACUCCUCCUUCCAGCAUCAUCAUCUGGGGCUUUCGGUGGCUGAUUUUCAGGAUCAUGCUUGGAGCGGGGCUGAUUAAAAUUCGAGGAGAUCGUUGCUGGAGAGAGUUAACUUGCAUGGAUUAUCACUAUGAGACGCAGCCGGUGCCCAACCCCAUCGCCUACUUCAUGCAUCACUCGCCGUGGUGGUUUCAUCGGUUCGAGACCCUGGUCAAUCACUUCAUCGAGCUGGUAGUGCCAUUCUUCCUCUUCUUGGGACGGCGGAUGUGCAUCGUCCAUGGCCUCUUGCAGAUCCUUUUCCAGGUGCUUCUGAUCGUAAGCGGGAACCUGAGUUUCCUCAACUGGCUGACCAUCGUGCCCAGCAUCGCCUGCUUCGACGACGCCAGCCUGGCGUUCCUCUUCAGCUCCAGGCCAGGAGGGCUGGGAGAGCGAGCGGGGCGGCUGCAGCACCGAGAGCCGUCCGGGGGGCAGCUGCCCCGCGGCUGCUAUGUCCGCAAAGUGGUGAACAUCUCCUUCGGCCUCCUGAUUGCUUAUCUCAGCAUCCCGGUUGUCCUAAACCUGCUCAGCUCCAGACAAGUCAUGAACACCUCGUUCAGCCCUCUCAGGAUAGUGAACACCUACGGCGCGUUCGGGAGCAUUACCAAGGAGAGAACAGAAGUCAUCCUUCAGGGGACGUCCAGCCUGGAUCCCAAUGACCCCGCUGCCGUCUGGGAGGAGUAUGACUUCAAAUGCAAACCUGGGGACUUGAAGAGGCGGCCGUGCUUUAUCACCCCCUACCACUACCGCUUGGACUGGCUCAUGUGGUUCGCUGCCUUCCAGACCUAUGAGCAGAAUGAAUGGAUAAUCCACUUGGCUGGGAAGCUGCUGGCCCAGGAAGAGGAGACCUUGUCCUUGAUGGCAACGAACCCGUUCGCGGGCAGAGCACCCCCACGGUGGAUCCGAGCAGAACACUUCAAGUACAAAUUCAGCCGACCCGGCGGAAAGCACGCCAGCGAGGGGAGGUGGUGGAUUCGGAAGAGGAUCGGCCCUUACUUCCCCCCCGUCAACCUCCAGGGCCUGAAGAAGUUUUAUGAAGACAGGAACUGGCCGUACCCCAUGCGGGACUGAUGGAGGAGGACAAGCAAGGUCAAGAGGGACCAGCUUGGGAAGCAGAGCAGUCAGCUCCCUUACAAACUGCCUGUCUUGCCUCUCUCUGUAUUUUUCAUCCAUAUCCUUGUUUACACAUAUCUUACAGAAGGUUCCCAACCAACCUGUCCACUUGCUUUUGUGAUCUGGUUUUUCUCAUCUUUCUGUUUCUUUCUGUCCAUCCUUCUCACCGCAGCCAUGCCUGAUGAUUGAUUUCUUUUGCCAGGCUGCUCUGUUCGGAAAUCAUCAGCUCUAGAACUUAGGAAAAACAAGUGUGAACAAAUACCAUGAUUAGUUUUGGGUA